GGCUAAAAAGUGGUCUCUCACUUUCAUGCUCCACAACAACUUUUACUCGCAGACUUUUCAUCCAGACACAGGAGUGAGUGAGAAAGGGAGGGGUAAACUUGUAAUUUACGGACUCCAUUGUUAUUCGGCGAAGGUAUUACUACUAUGCACGGAGUUCGAGUAUACAACAAUUCCUCCGGCAAGUUUCACGCCGGGAAGCAGGUUUUUGCGGUGACUUCUAGCGAAGUAGAGGCCGCGUCUCAGAAACUAAUUGACGCGGUUUUCUCCGGUGAUUCGAAACUUGCUGGUGAUCUACUUUCUGAUCCGUUUGUUGACGUUGAUUUUGUUGGCACUGUCAAUUUGAGGUCUCCAAAAACUGAACUCGUUCCUAAUGGUGAGUCGGCUCACCAAGUUGUUUCUGAGUUUGAAGAGUUUCCGACUGACGUUACGGCCUUGUUCCUCGCUUCCCACUUUGGAAAUCUCAUUCUCGUCAGAAAAUUACUGAGUUUUGGGACAGAUGUAAACAAGAAGUUGUUUCGAGGUCAUGCAAUGACGGCAGCGGUAAGAUGCGGUCAUAUUGAGAUUCUUGAAGUUUUAUUGAAAUCUGAGGUAUGUCAGCCAGCAUGUGAGGAGGCACUAUUGGAGGCAAGCUAUGUAGGGCGGCCGAGGCAUGCAGAACUACUCAUGGGAACUAAUAUCAUCAGCCCACAAGCUGCUGUUCAUGCCCUUGUUACAGCUUGCUGCAGAGGCUUUCUGGAUGUAAUUCAAGUGUUGCUUAAGUGUGGGGUGAAUGCUAAUGCUAUGGAUCGCAUGCUGCUUCUGUCAUCGAAGCCAUAUCUACACAUGAAUGUUGACUGCAAUGCGAUUGUUGCAGCCAUAGUUAGCAGACAGACUUUUGUUGUUGAAAUGCUGCUAAAAGAGGGUGUCCAGACGGACAUAAAAGUCAGGAUAGGUGCAUGGUCGUGGGAUUCUGCCAUAGGAGAAGAGUGCAGAGUAGGUGCUGGGCUAGCUGAACCAUAUAAUAUUGCUUGGUGUGCUGUUGAGUACUUUGAAGAAACUGGUAGCAUCUUGCGCAUGCUCCUUGAGCAUCUCUCCCCUAACACACCUCACUUAGGAAGGACCCUUGUCUACCAUGCCAUCAUUUGCAACAAUGCACAAGCGCUUGAUGUGCUGUUGAGUUGUGGAGCAAAUGUUGAAUUUCCUCUAAAAACGAGCAAGAAUGUUGAAAUUCGUCCUAUACAUUUGGCUGCAAGGCUUGGGGAAGUGGAAAUUAUUUGGCGGCUCAUAACUGGUGGUUGCAAUAUCAACUCAAAAACCAGUGACGGAGAGACAGCAAUAAUGAUAUGCACUCGAUACAAACACAAGGAGUGUCUCAAGGCCCUAGCCUCAGCAGGUGCUGAUUUUGGUCUCGUGAAUGUGGCUGAUGAAUCUGUGAGCUCCAUAGCAGGUUCGACAAUGUGGACAUUAGGUUUCCAGCAGAUAAUUCUUGAUGUAAUUAAGUCUGGAAAAGUGGUCAAGUCGAGCAACUCUGCUGUAUUUUCUUCAGUCCUUUUUGUGGUUCGGUCCAAUGAUAUUCAAGCGUUGAAAAUCCUUGUGAAACAACCAGGAGUCGCUUUAAAUGAACGAGAUGAAAGAGGGUUCACAGCAGCAAUGGUAGCCGCAGCAAGUGGUCAAGAUGAAGCUUUUCGCUUGCUUGUCUACUCUGGAGCCGAUGUAUUAAUUAGCAACAAAUGUGGAGAAACAGCUUUUAACUUGUCAGAAAAAAGCAGUAACCGAGAAGUGUUCGAGAAGAUAAUGUUGGAUUUUGCACUAAAAAAUGGAUCUCAAGGACCCCCUAGUUCUUAUGCUUUGCAUUGUGCAGCUAAACAAGCAGACUUAGCUUCAGUUCGAAGGUUAACAAGCAUGGGAUAUGAUGUCAAUGCAGUUGAUGGUGAUGGGUACACUCCAUUGAUGUUAGCUGCCAAGGAAGGCUAUGGAAGCAUGUGCCAGUUUCUGAUCUCUCGGGGUGCAAAAUGUGAGAUCAAGAAUGAAAAACAUGAAACAGCCCUUUCACUAGCAAGGAAAAAUGGUGUCGGAAAUGAAGCUGAGCGCGUGAUUCUUGAUGAGCUGGCACGGAUUCUAGUUUUAUGUGGCAUGCGUGUGAAGAAACACACUAAGGAAGGCAAAGGAGCUCCACACUGGAAAAAACUAAAGAUGUUUCGAUCUAAUGGAGUGUUGCACUGGGGUAAGUCGGGGAAGAGAAAUGUGGUUUGUCGGGAUGCUGAAGUGGGUCCUAGCCUGAAUUUCCUGGGAAACCGACCAAAGGUAUACAGCGACAAGCAGACGGGGCUGUUCCACAUAUUGACCACUAAGGACAAGGAGGUGCACUUUGCCUGUGAUGGUGGAAUAGAGGUGGCCAAGUUGUGGGUGAGAGGAAUAAAAAUUGUGACUAGAGAAGCCCUUUUUGGAAAGACGACUCUCCAAGCUAUAUUCAAUCGAGAAUGUGAGAACUAAUGGUUAAGUUCAUGUAGAAAAGUUUCUAAGUAAAUGGCUUCAUUCUUAUGCAUUGAUAACUUUUUUCAAAAGGCACGCGGGCACGCCUUGUAAAGAAAGAUCAUAAAUUUGUACACGAACAAGCGGCAAAAUCGAUCAUUAGAAGUAGGAUCGACUUCAUUGCUUGUAUUGGUAGUUUUCAUCAUAUAGAGUCAGUUCGAACAGGUGACAGUGAAUAUUAAAACAUUUAGCUAAUUGAUUUAAUCAUAAAAACCCUAUCAUCAUUCCUAAUAA